GUUCCCCUAAACCCCACCAUUCUUUUUAUUUCUUUUGUCCACCCCAACGCCCUCCACUUCCUCUUCUCUUCCUUUCUUUAUUCAGUUAUCAGAUUCAUUCACUCUCUCACUCACUCUCAUUCCCUCUUAAGCAUAGAAACAAAUACUAUAAACCCAAAACACCCACCAUCCCAUUUCUCUCCAUCAAACCAUUCCUUUCUCUCCUCCAAUGUCCUCCAUCCAAAUACCACCACUCUUUAUCUUCUUCUUCUUAUUCCUCUCUUCCAUUUCGGGUCUACCCAACCCGGACCCGGCAGCGAUCCAACCAUUCCACCCCACAACAACAACAUCAUCAUCAUCAUCAUCAUCUCCGCCGGCGACGAUUCCCGCAUUCCCAGAACAAUCCGACAUCGCGGCUUGCCCUCUUGAUCUCCCGGACCAGUUCUUCCACGGUAUAAAAACGGCAUGCGGGUCGACCAAAGAUGGCGGCGCCGGAGGAAAACUCCGGCGGACUAGGUGCUGUCCUGUCCUGGCGGCGUGGCUUUACUCUGCUUACUCCGAAACCGCAUUGGGCAUCAGUAGAGUUGGGAAAGUAGCGUCGGCGGUGGUGGGUCAUAAUACGACGUCGUAUGACAUGCCGUUGUUGCCGGAUGACUCGGAGACCUGCGUGGCGGAUUUGGAUAAAGCAUUGCAAGCGAAAGGGAUCGAACUGGCUAGGCCGAAUGAGACCUGCGAUGUGGUAUAUUGCUACUGCGGGAUCAGAUUGCAUCCACUGAGCUGUUCGGAGGCAUUUUCGUUAAACUCAAAUGGGAAACUCGUUGGGGAUGAGAGAGUGAAGAGAUUGGAGAAAGAUUGCUUGAGUAGCAGCAACAAUGUCAAUGGGUUUCCGGGUCUUGGUGGGUGCUCCAAAUGCUUGAACAGUCUUCGUCUGCUUAACAGCAAGAAAGCUUUGAAUACAAGCAAAAUAGAGGACAGGACCACAAAGAUGCAUAACAAAGAUUGCCAGCUGAUGGGUCUGACAUGGCUCCUUGCCAAGAACCGAACGGCUUAUAUCCACACCGUCUCCGCUGUCUUACGAGCGAUCAUGUUGAGCACUGAUGGCUCUACUCCUCGAUCGUGCACUCUCAGUAGCGAUGGAAUGCCUCUAGCCGUUGAUUCUACUGAAAUACCAGAUCCUUCAUCAUCAACAACUCUUGGAGCACCUAUCUCUUUAUCCAUUGGAUCGGUUUUUUUUGUUGUAUAUGCACUUCACAUCAUGGUCAUUCCAAAGCUAGUUAGGCUAUGAAAUUUGUUGUAAAAACUACAAAAUCGUGUAAUUUUUGUACUCUGUAUUUGUUCGUUGUUUUAUGGCAUGCCCAGUUGAUCC